UUCUGUAUUUAAGACGCGUCGACAUCCGUGGUACAAACACUAGGUGUGAUUGAACCUCGAAGAUGAACGUCUCCUCCUUGGUUGCGUUUUACGUGCUGCGUCUGCAGCUCUCCAUCAGCACCCUGCACUGCUUAUUUGCGAGCAUCUUUUCCAAAGUUUGCAACUGGACAAUAAGAGCCUACAGGGGAACACCCUCGCCCGUCUCACCACAAAAGCUGGAUCAAAAGAGAAUUCAAAAUGCUAUGACUCCAACAAGUGUCAACUAUCAUUUUACGCGUCAGUGUAAUUAUAAAUGUGGAUUUUGUUUCCACACUGCAAAGACGUCCUUCGUCCUGCCUUUAGAGGAAGCCAAGAGGGGGCUGAAACUUCUGAAGGAUUCAGGCAUGGAAAAGAUCAACUUCUCUGGAGGAGAGCCUUUCUUGCAUGAUAAGGGAGAAUUUCUGGGGAAAUUAGUUCAGUACUGUAAACAGGACCUCCAGCUCCCAAGUGUCAGCAUCGUCAGCAAUGGAAGCAUGAUCAAAGAAAAAUGGUUCAAGAAAUAUGGUGACUAUCUAGACAUCUUGGCCAUCUCUUGCGACAGUUUUGAUGACGCAACCAACCAGCUGAUUGGCAGAACUCAAGGAAAGAAGAGCCACGUGGACAACCUCAACAAGAUUUGCAAUUGGUGCCAGCAGUAUAGAGUGGCAUUCAAAAUCAACUCAGUCAUCAACACUUUCAAUGUUGACGAAGACAUGGUGGAGCAUAUUGUCACACUUAACCCUGUCCGCUGGAAGGUAUUCCAGUGUCUGUUGAUUGAUGGCGAAAAUGCAGGAGAGGAAGCCCUGAGAGAGGCUGAGAGGUUCAUCAUCAGCGACAAACAGUUUCAGGAGUUUCUGGAUAGACACAGCAGUGUCCCCUGCCUUGUUCCUGAGUCCAAUGAAAAGAUGAGGAAUUCCUACUUGAUCCUGGAUGAAUUUAUGCGUUUCCUGGACUGUCGAGAUGGUAGAAAGGACCCAUCCAAGUCCAUCCUUGAUGUUGGCGUGAAGGAGGCCAUCAGCUUCAGUGGCUUUGAUGAGAAAAUGUUUCUCAAGAGAGGAGGGAAAUAUGUUUGGAGUAAAGCUGACAUGAAGCUGGAGUGGUGAAAAUGUACACCUCAAGGAUUUGAUCCACCCUUGUUGACACUAGUUUGAUAAUUUGUACAGUAUGAAUUAUGUCUGUUACUCAUAUAACUUGUUAAAACAUUAACACAGAUUUAAGUUAAUACAAAUAUUAUGCAGUUUGCUGUUUUAUUAAAUUGUAUAUUGUUUCUUUGCACUG